CUAAGACUAUAACUAAAAGUUUAACAAAAUGAAACUUAAACAAGAUGGCUGCUAUAGUAAAUGAGCAUGGUUGCAUCUGAUGAAAACAUCGCCUGUCUUCAUUUAUUUCUGAAAAGUUUUAAUUCAAUUGUUUAAAAACAGAUCUAUUCACAGAUUAUUUUAAACAUGAGCAGACGCCAGACACCUAGUGAAUUUUUGAACCAAAUCAGAGGGCGACCUGUUGUUGUUAAGUUGAACUCUGGAGUAGAUUACAGAGGGGUCUUGUCCUGUCUGGAUGGUUAUAUGAAUAUUGCCCUUGAACAAACAGAAGAAUAUGUAAAUGGCCAAUUAAAAAACAAAUAUGGAGAUGCUUUUAUUCGUGGAAACAAUGUUUUGUACAUAAGUACACAAAAAAGAAGAUAACAAAUGAUUCUUUCAAGAUUUUAGGAGCAUAUAUUUGCUUUUCAAUUGAGGUAAUUGAGUAAAAAUAAUUACUGUGGUUAUACUUGGAAUAAAAAACAUGAACACA